AUGAAAAAACUAAUAAACGCCUUUUUACCUUAUUACACGCACAACAACAUCUUGACUGCUAACCUGAGUUUUAAAAAAAAAGUGGCUUUUCUUUAUUUUUAUUUAGAUCGAUAUAUUUAUUCUCCUUUAUUUCAAACUCUUCUCAAAGGUAAAAAUGUGGAAGAAAAAAAUAAAAUAAAAAAAUAUAUUACAAAAAGGUUAGCUAAUCAUUUUGGAUUUGCAUUUCAUAUGGAUGUAGAUAGAACCAAUAUGUGCAAUGGUAGUAGUAUAAAUAAAAGUACUGUGAAAGAAAUUCCUUCAAACAACAAUGGUGGAUAUGUAGAUAAAAAACCGUUAACUGAUAAUGAAGAGAUAAAUGCAAUAUGGCCUGAAAGGAUUUCUUACGUAACUCCCUUGAAAGUAAAAAAAAAAAUAAUGGAUGAAAAAUUUAAUGUUAUUUAUAUUGGACAUAUGAGCAUUUUAAUUCAGUUAAAAAAUUUUAAUAUAUUAAUAGAUCCAGUAUUGUCAAACCGAAUAGGAUUAUAUAACGUGUUAGGUAUUAAAAGAACAAUAAAAGCUGGCAUAUCUUUUGAGUAUUUACCGAAUAUUGAUUUUAUUUUAUUAAGUAAUAAUAGAUUUGAUACAAUGGAUAUAAGUACGUUAAAAAAAAUUAUAUUAAGAGAUAGCAGUAUAGUAAUUGGCGGUAUGAACAUAAGGAGAUAUUUGACAAAAAGAAAUUUUCCUGUUGUUUAUCCUUUAAAUUGGUUUAAUAAAUUAACUUUUGAAAAUAUAUCUUUUUAUUAUUUACCUACUUUAACCAAUAGUCAUAGAUAUUUUUGUUUGGAUAAAAAUGUAUACCUGCCAGGAUCUUUUUUAAUUCAUGAUACUUUGUCAAAUGCUUCUAUUUUUUAUAGUGGUCAUUCGGCUUAUUCUUGUCAUUUUUUGCAAAUUAAAAAUUAUGUUAAUAUUAUUUUAAAAAAUGGUAAUAUCGAUUUAGCUAUUUUACCUAUUGGUAUAUAUAAACCGCGUUCAUUAUACGAUCAUUUUCACAUGUCUCCUGAACAAGCAGUGCUGAGUCAUUUUGAUUUGAAUAGUAAAAUGUCUUUGGGCAUAGGAAUGGACGUGUUUUGUUUAGGUGGGGAGAAAUACAGAGAAGCUACAACAGAACUUGUAAACAUUUUAGAUAUUUAUGAAAACGAAAAAAAAAAAAAAAUUAAUUUUGUUACAUUACAACCAGGACACAAUAUUACAUUCUGA